AUGUUUUCGCAAGACAAUUAUCAGUUGGCAUGGAAUCCAAAUAAAGUUCAGUCACUUGCUCAUCAAGCCAAGCUUUCGCUUUAUUUGGAUGAAGUGCAAACCUCAAAUGGCAAACCAGAACCUGAUAUGUGUAUUAUGCUCAGCGAUCAAACUCCACUACUAUUUCAUUCCGAAGUAGGUUUAGCACAUUCGGGCUACCUGCGAAAAUGUCAUUCUAUGAAAACACAAGUUCAUGAUCAAAACGCUGUGCUAUACCUCGAGGAAUUUGAAGACUUUGAAGCUUCUGCUAUCCGUCGUAUCAUCAAUUUCUUCUACAACGGAAUCUUGUUAUGUUCGUUGGCAGAAGUACCAGAGCUUUUGGCUCUAUGUAAAAAACUUGAGGUAACAUCGGCAAGAAUAAUUCUUGAAAAACUCAUUAUUCAAAAAGCAGCCAAUCCAAAUUGUUUGUUGGAUUGUUGGAAUAUUAGUUGCCAUAGAGAUUCUGAUUUGUCAAUUCGCACUCGAGACUACGUGUUGAGCUAUGUUACAGAAUCUUUAGAAGAAGCUGUUUUAGACUCGAGAUUUUCUCAGUUGGAUCAAGCAGCUGUAGAAGCGCUACUGAAACGUGAGAAUUUGCCUGUACGAUCUGAAUGCGAUAUACUUCGUAUUGCUCUUAUGUAUUUUAUACGUCGACAAGGACAAACAAAUACGCAAAGUUUGCUAAAUGUUGUCCGAUAUAACUGUGGUAGUGAUGCACUGAUCCAGAUGCGUCAAGAUAUCCUUAGUGUUAAUGACGAAACGCUUCGUAACUGCUUUGAACAAAACUGUGCAUAUGGCUUGUGGCAAUUAGAAUAUCAAAUUUCUAAUGCUAAGGACUGGCCUAAACCAGAAUUUCUACUUCCAAGAGGAAGCCCUGAUGCUAAGUGUGGUUGGAUAAUUGCACAAUUUAGCACACUGGUACGCAAUAAUUCUACUGCUUUUCCUUAG